AUGUCUCGUAAACCACCACAACAACCUCCCUCAUUCACAACGACACCCUCCGCCAUCCUCUCACAGACAUCAUCCCUCAUUUCAUCAACCACAGCUCUCGAAGACGACCUCUCAUCAACACUCACGCCCUCAACCGCGACAUUCGAAAGUCUUCUUACGCCCAUGCUAAAUGAUGAUCACGCAGUAUCUAAACAAACCCUCAUCAUCCGUCUCUUCAGCUCUGUGUCAGAGGAUAAAGAUCUCCGCGAUGCAUCGCGCACAGCGGAGGAGAUGCUUCUUAAAGCCAAUUCUGAGGCUCUCAUGAGGAGGGAUAUAGCUGCUCUCGUUAAAGCUGUUUAUGAGAAGCAUCGGCGUGGGGAGGAGAAGCUGGGAGAGGAGGAUGUGUAUACCUUGUUCAAGACGCAUAGGGCUUACCAGAACACUGGAGCGGGCAUCGAGGAUGAGGAUGUGAGGGAACAGUACAAAGCUGCUGUGCAAAAACGAAAUGAAGUUCUCGUUGCAGUGCGCAAGACCAUUAGCGAAUCCGACGACGGUAUCUUCUUCACGCGGGAGCAACUCAACGGUGUACCAGCAUCAAUUCUCGACGCAAUGAAGACAAAUGAUGAAGGGCUCCUCAAAGCAACCUUCAAAAAAGGCCACAUGAUCUCAAUCAUGAAACACGCCACCAGAGCCCAAACACGCAAAGCAUACAACAUCGCCAAAGAAAGCCGCUUUCCCGAGAACGUAACCCGUCUUGAGCGCGCCGUCGAGCUACGCAACAGCACCGCGCGAAUGCUCGGCUUCAACACCCACGCCGAACUCAAGAUGCAAGAUAAGAUGGCAAAAAGUGUCGAGAGCGUCAUGGAAAUGCUGAACAAAUUGAGAACAGAGUUGAAGCCCCUUGCAGAUGACGAGAUGAAGACCUUGUUUGAGAUAAAGAAGGCUUACAUCCGAGAUAACGGCACAGAUGAGGAUGGGGAUGAUGUGAAGAGGUUGAAUGCAUGGGACUGGGCGUUCUAUGCGAGGAUAUUGGAGAAGGAGAGAUAUUCUGUUGAUUCACUGCUGAUUUCGGAGUAUUUUGAGGUUAACCAUAGUUUGAAGGGUAUGUUGAACAUCUUUGAGGAGAUCUUUGGGAUGGUGUUCAUACCCACCGAUGCAUCUGUUUGGCAGAAGGAUGUGACUGUUUACGAGGCGUGGAAUGCUGAGGAUCAAGGUGGUGAGUUCCUUGGGUAUCUUUACCUUGAUCUUUAUGCACGAGAGGGGAAGUAUGCUGGUGCGCAUAGUUCUCUCAUCCAGCCUGGCUUUGUAACAUCAGACAACAAACGCCAUUAUCCCUCUUCAUCACUAAUAACAUCCCUGCUCCACACGCCCUCCCAGCCAACUCUCCUCUUACACUCGGAGCUAAAAACAAUGUUUCACGAACUCGGCCACGCAAUCCACAAGCUCGUGACACACACCAACCACCAACACGGCUGCGCACGCGACUUUGUCGAGAUACCGAGCAUUCUUCUCGAGAACUGGAUCUGGGUGCCCUCCGUGCUACAACGCCUAGGAAAACACUACUCGUACCUAUCCUCCGAGUACCUAAGCUUCUGGAAUGCUAAGAACGAGGGUGAAAGACCGGGUGAGGUGCUACCGGAGAAGUUAGCGAUGGAUAUCGCGAGGACGAAACAUGUUAAUGGGGCGCAUGCGAUGCUGUAUCAGGUGUUUUUGGCGCUGUUUGAUCUUACGAUUCAUAAUGCGGAGGAGGGGAGGGCGGUUGAUACGACGAGGUUGUGGAAUGAGAGUAAGACGGAGAUCAUGGGAUUGGGAAGGGCGGAUAGUAUUGGACAGGCGUCGUUUGCGCAUCCGUUCAGGGCGUAUGAUGCUGCGUAUUUUACUUAUGCCCUAUCAAAGGUGUACGCGACCGAUCUUUGGGUUAGCCACUUCAAAGAUGACCCAAUGGAUAAGACUACUGGUUUACGAUACCGCGAGCUUGUUCUUCAACCAGGAGGAAGUCAACCGGAGCUCAAAAGCCUCAGCAACUUUCUCGGUCGUGAACCCAACGACAAGGCAUACUACGGCGAAGUCACCAGCACACCAGGAACGAAAUCGUCAGUAUUGUAA